UCCAAUUAUUACUUUGUCAUAUUUUGGUUAGCAGAGGCAGAACUUUUACUACGUUAUUUAAAUAAUUGGUGUUGCUUGUACAGUGUCCGCAGAAAAGAGAAAUAAUUGAAGCAAUAGGGGAGGGUUUUUCUCCAGCGGAAGAGGAUUUGUAAAGAGAGGGACACAGACUACAGUUUGCCUCGCACCCCGAUCAGUUCGGCUGAGUUUCAGCUACAUGAGACAGUGGACUCGAGAAAAAACCUUGCUCUGGGAAAUAUAUGUGUGUGCUUAUUUGAGAGUUCUGUGUUUGAUCGAUUGUGUCGAUCCUGUAUAAAAUGAAUAUUGUUUGCGUGAUAUGCAGUGAUUUACUAACGCCUAUCGAUGACAUUUUUCACGCGCCAUGCGGGCAUAUUUUUCAUUUUCAUUGUGUGACUCAGUGGCUGCAGAGAUCCAAAACCUGCCCGCAAUGCAGGGAGAAGACUACAUUGAAUAAGAUUCAUCGAUUAUACUUCAAUUUUGCUAAUAACGACUCCAUUGUCGAGGACAAGUGCUCGUUACAAGACAAAGUUGAUAAAUUGAGUUUUCAGCUUAUGUUGAAAGAGAAGGAAGUUAAGCAUUACAUAGAGAAGAAUGAAAUUUUGGAGAAACAGAAUAAAGAAUUGAAUAAGGAGGUGAAGAAAGCAGAGAGUAUAGUGAAUGAAAAAACCAGUGCUAUUUAUGCCCUUAAAGAGCAAAUCAAGUUUUUCAAGGAGCAAAAUUUAGAAGCUGAUAGCAGAAAGAAAGAAAUCGAGAGGUUGCACAAAAGAAUUGAAGAGUACAAAAAUAUACAAAUACUGCUUGAAGCCAGUACAGGGGCUGUAGACGAGAUGAUCGAGAAAACAAAUGAUACUGGUACCCUUAUAACGUACAUAAGUGUGAUGAAAAGAGAAAUGAUGAUUAGCCUAAACAAGAGGAGAGAACUAAGAACUAAAGUAAGAAGCUUGCAACAGGAACUGCACAAAGUCUCAAUGGAGCGGAACUUCUUGUCCGAUGAGCACUCGAAAAGAAUAAAGCUUGAGGAGGACUUGCUGAUUUGCGAAAGUGAAAAGAUAAGUUUACAAAAUAAGUUUAGAGAGUUGGAAAGGAGUAAGUCUUCGAUGGAAAGAUCAGCCAAUUCGAAAACGAAAAAUGUGUCGGAUAGCAAUUCAAGGAACAGCUCCAAGGAAGAAAAGAUGGAACAUACGGAUAAAAAGCAAAGGAAGGAUGCAAACAUAGAAGAGAAGAUUCAUUUAGCCAUUACAAGGACAGAUUCUCCAUAUCUUCCGGUGAAAUCGAGAGGUGUAUUAGCUCUAAAGCAACAGCCAACUGAAAAAAGCAAUUCGGCGAAAUUAGCUUCCUCGAUUCUCGCGAAGAAAUCAAGAAUUGCGCAAAAGAGCGUUAGAAACGAUGCUCUUGCGUUCGACUUUGAAGGACAUUCGAAACUUGAAAAUCUUCCGAAUUCCUCUGUUAUCAGGAUAAGAAAUGCGAAGGAUAACAUACACAAAGUCAAAAGAUUAAAAUUUGACACAGAAAGCAAUCAAAAGUUAGCCCACUUUAUGAUAAAUUAACGCGAUUGUUGUACAUUAGCAAUAUUUACGAACGCUGUUUGAAAACUGUAUUUAACUGUAAAAGAAGUGAAAUAUAAGAAGAUAUAUUUAUUGAACGUAUGCAACGUAUACAUAUUUUUCUACGGUGUAAAUAUCAGAGAGUACGUAUAUUAGUGUAUUUUUUAAUAAAUUUGUUAAUCUUUCACGGUAAGCAUGUUGUGUGCAUUAAUCCAAUUGAGAAAUAUU